AGUCAUUUGCACAUUUAAAGCACCACAAGUUUUGAAAAAUCUUCUCAAUUAUUUUCUAUCACUCUUCUUUUGUUUCCAAUGGAUAAUUCUCCAUCUUUGAAAAUAAUCGAUAUCUGUAAAGUGUCUCCUGCUCCGGCAGUGGCGGAGGAGUCACGUGCCUUGGCCGCGCCGUCGUCUCUUCCUCUAACUCUCUUCGAUUUGUUGUGGCUAAGGUUUCAUCCAAUUCAACGUCUUUUCUUCUACGAAUUACCAUCCAAUGAAAGCUCAUUUCGCGACGUCAUUGUUUCGAAGCUGAAAAACUCCCUCGCUCUCGCUCUUCGCUACUAUCUUCCGCUGGCUGGCAAUCUCGUUUGGCUGCCGGAAUCUGAUGUACCCACCAUCCAAUUUGUCGAUGGCGAUGGGGUUACAGUGACGGUGGCGGAGUCCGACGCCAACUUUUAUCAUCUUUCCGGCAAUGGGUUUCGUGAAGUUUUGGAAUUUCAUCAUCUUGUUCCUCAAUUGCCUGUCUCUCAUGAUCGUGCUGCAAUUAUUGCUAUUCAGGUCACCACAUUUCAAAACAAAGGUUUUUCCAUUGGAAUAACCAAUCACCAUGCAGUUAUAGAUGGAAGAACCUCAACUUCAUUUAUCAAAUCAUGGGCUCAAAUUUGCAUGGAACAAUCCUCAUUUCCAAUCAUCAAGCUAAUGCCAUCCUAUGACAGGUCAGUUAUAAAUGAUCCAAAAGAUCUUGCAAAACUCUAUGCAAAAGCAUGGCAAGACAUAGAAGGACCAAACAACAGGAGCUUAAACCUUAAAUUACCCAAAACAGGACAUGGUUUAAUCAGAACCACGCUUGAAUUCACACAUCAAAACAUUCAAAAACUAAAGCAAUGGAUUUUGAACAACAAUAAGAAGAAAGAUAAUGAUCAGCAAAGUGAUUCUUCUUCUCAUAUAUCUUCAUUUGCAAUAGCAACUGCUUAUCUUUGUGUUUGUACAGCCAAACUAGAAGGUUUAAAAGAAGGAAAAUUAUGGUUUGGAUUUGCUGCUGAUGCUAGAACUCGUUUAAAGCCACAAGUGCCAUUGAAUUACUUUGGGAAUUGUUUGGUUGGUGGGUUUGUUUGUCUUGAAAGGAAUGAACUUUUGGGUGAAAAUGGAAUAAUUUUGGCUUGUAAUGAAAUUUCAAAAGCUAUACAAAAUUUGGAAGAAGGAGCUUUAAAAGGGGCAGAGAAUUGGGGGUCACUUAUGAGUCAAAUGACAAAUGAUUAUUCAAAAGCACAAGCAAUUUCUCUUGCUGGAUCACCAAGAUUUGGAGUUUAUAAUGCUGAUUUUGGGUGGGGAAAGCCAAAGAAAGUGGAAAUUGUGUCAGCUGAAUCACCAUUUGUUUUUUCUUUGACUGAUAGUAGAAAUGGUGAUGUGGGAAUGGAGAUUGGUGUGGUUAAGGAGAGGGAUGAAAUGGAAGCUUUUGUUGCUUUGUUUAAUGAAGGGUUUGAAUCUCUUUGAAAUAUUAGGGUUAUUACUAAAGGAUGAUUAGUGAUUGAUGGUUUUUUGUUUUGGUUUCAUUUCUAAUAAUAUUUUAUUUAAUAGGUUAAAAUAUUCUAUUUUCGUGGGCGGCAUCUAUGUGUAGUUUGAGACUUGUUUCAUUUUAGUAAUAGGUACUUUUGUAUGUCUAAUUUACUUUCAAUAAAUCUUAACAUUAGUUGUGCUAUUGUUAAUUUG